GUUCGAUGAGACCUCGAAAUCCCUAAUUUACUAUGACCAAGUGAAACUCCAUCUCCCACAAUGCAGUGUUUUCAUCGGGGUAAAUUGCGCCUGCGUGGUUGGCAAUCCCUCUUUGGACCUCCGUCUCCGCUGAUACAAUGGCCAAGCGCACCAAGAAGGUGGGGAUCGUUGGUAAAUACGGCACGCGUUAUGGCGCGUCGCUGAGGAAGAUGGUCAAGAAGAUCGAGAUCAGCCAGCACGCUAAAUAUACCUGCUCCUUCUGCGGCAAGACCAAGAUGAAGAGGAGGGCAGUCGGUAUCUGGCAUUGCGGAUCCUGCAUGAAGACCGUGGCUGGAGGAGCCUGGACAUACAACACGACUUCUGCCGUUACGGUAAAGUCGGCCAUCAGGAGACUGAAGGAGUUGAAGGACCAGUAAACCAGUGAACAUCACUGGUGGAUUGGGGACUUUGGUAUGGUGUGUCCGUCCUGGAUAAUGCUACAACAUCCCAAAAUAAAGCAGUCUGGUGCGGAA